GAUGAGAAAUUAAAAGGGAUUGUAGAAUCAUAUUCUGGAUCUGUUGAUUGGAGACAAGUUGCUAGUUUAUUUGGUGAUAGAUCAGAUAUUCAAUGUCAACAUCGUUGGCUUAAAGCUUUGAAUCCAGAUUUAAUUAAAGGUCCUUGGACAAAAGAGGAGGACGAUAAAGUAGUAGAGUUAGUUGUAACUUAUGGUCCUAAAAGGUGGACACUGAUAUCUAAACAUUUACGUGGACGUACUGGAAAACAGUGUCGUGAAAGGUGGCACAAUCAUUUAAAUCCUGACAUUAAGAAAACAGCUUGGACUGAACAAGAGGACAACCUUAUAUACCAUUUACAUAAAACAUUUGGUAAUAGGUGGGCAGAGAUAGCUAAAUAUUUACCUGGUCGAACAGAUAAUGCUAUCAAAAACCACUGGAAUUCCACCAUGAAAAGAAAA